AUGUGCAAGGACCUCGAGAUCAAGAUUUACCAGCUGUCGCUGCUGCUCCAGCGCCACCACCAGCAGCUGGUUGACAUGGACGAAAAGUACAAGCGCAUGCACCAGGCUGAGCCCGAGCCGUUGACCAAGAACUCGUCGCUCGCCGACUGGCAGGAGGUCAUCAAUAUGGCCAAGCUCCCAAUCGAUCCUCUGUUUAUAUACUCGCAGUCAAACAAGACCAAGAGCUGUGAACCCGUUUUCAAAUCGAUCUACCACUCGCCGUCGUCUGAAACCACUGCCAAUUCUCUGUCGACUGAAAAGCUAGAUGAACAGAACACCAGUGGUAUUCAGGUUAAGCGCGUCUCGCAGGCGACGUUCCCCAUGCAGAUGACGCCCCCGAUGGAGGAAAUUGUACAGCUGCGUGAAAAGGUUCGUGCUCUCGAAAAGUCGCCUCUAUUUGCAUCGAUGACGACGGACAACAUUAAGAGCAAAUGCAGCCUAGCGGCGAUGCCGGUUCACCGCUCACCCAUUUCGCAGCGCUGA